UAGCUAGCCAAUUUGCACCUUAGCUGACGUCAUCUGGCGUCUCGUUUACGUGCUUAUAAUCAACAUUGAUGUUUUGUAUUGUUAAAUAUCAAAGAAUUGAUUUGGUGUUUGUGUUACAGGUUAUUGCAUUGCAUUUCAUUUCAUUUCAUACCACACACAUUACUGUUAUGAGGCGAAACGAAAAUCAACCAAGACCAACGGCAGGCUGUCUGUCUGUUCCACUGUUUAACCAAAAGAAGCGGAGCAGAUUGCCACUGACGUCCAAUCCCUCUGAGAGUGAAGUGUUUUCCAGAUACGAGAACAGAGACAUGCUGAGCUUCCCUUCAGCCAUCCGUCCAUCUAACACUGGGAACAGUCAGCCAUCAACAGACAGAGCACCUCUGACUCCUUGGAACCAGAAAGCCACCCCACCACCACAACAAAGCAAAGUGUGGCCCACUGCUUCACCUGGUCCAACAGGAAGAGGAUACACACCUAUACCUCACCCAGAGAAAAACACUUAUGCUUGGUCCCAGAGAGGGCCACAGAGAACUCCAGGCAGGCAGGAUUCCACGGCAAUAGCCCCAGGCUUCCAUCAGAGUGGAUUUAUCAGUGGGAGUCCUCAAAUUCAGAAUAAAACUUUGACUGCCAAGCAACCCAUGCAGCAGCAGUCAUUUAGCCGAAACAUCAAUCCAUCCAGAGGUCCCUUCACACCUUCAGAUCUCAGAGCAUGCAGUCAGAGACCUGCAGCUCAGAGUCAGAGUUCCCAGUGGAAGAUAAAAUCUGGCGGGCUUAGAGGGGGAACAUGGGUCGAGGACACAUUUGGUACUUUAGGAAGCAAGCACAGUAUACAGCAGCAGAAUUCUGUGUUCGAGGAAAAAGCACCACCCAAGAAAUCACUGCGAAUCAUCACUGCCGUUAUAGAGGGAAUGAAAUACUGGAGCCAGUUCAAGGACAAAGUUCCUAUGAUGUUUGAGAUUUUUGCCACUCUCGAUUCAGCAGUCACAAUCGGAAAAUUUGGUGCAAAGAACUUCCUAAUGAGGGAUGGAAAAGACACAGUGCCAUGUGUGUACUAUGAAAACGAUCAGGUGCUGCCGAGGCUGAUCCGGGGUCAGGUGCAUCGCUGUGUGGGGAAUUACGACAGACAGAAAAAUGUUUUCACCUGCGUGUCAGUGCGGGCCGCCUCCCUGUCAGAGCAUAGAAAUGCUCAAGAGGUUGUGAAGGCAUCAGACACAGAGAUGAGAAAUGAGGUCCAGGCACUUUCUGAAAUGUGAUGUGAAUGGACAGAGCAGGAAGGUUUUAUAGUUUCAAAGCAUCCCAUAGGUGCUUCCUGUUGUCAAAGGGUCAGAAGAUGGAGUCCCGAUUUAUCAAUCAGAUGCAUGCCUUCCUGCCAGCGUGCUAAAUUUGUAUUAA